AAAAAAGGACAAGUGAUUUGUGAUGUCGUAGAAUGAGAAAUGAGGAAUGACAUGAAAAAGAAACGAAACAGCUGAAUAAACGGGCCCGUCUGUCUACGAAUCUAAUGGAAGCAAAUUGAUGAAUUGUAAAAAAUUAGAAAUUGGUUGACAAAAGUGGUAAAGUAUUUCGAAAUUGGGCUGUCUUAGGAUCUUCCCAAGCUCCUAGUAUCUGGUGGGAAGUGAAAGUGUCCGAGAUUUUGUUGAUAUCGAAAGACGAUACAUGAAAAUGACCAAAGUGCUACAAGCACAAAAACAAGAAGUCAUUGGCUAAUUGGUAAAGUGGCUAAAGAUCCGAUUUUCAUUUUGUAACUAUGAAGAACUGUUUAAAGUGUUGAUUAUUAUGUAUUUUAAAAUUAAUUGUGUGUAAUGCAUACCUGCUAAUAAUUACCGAAUUUGGUCUGAGAAAAAAACAAAAAUGUCAUCUUCAAUGAAAAGUGGAGGUUUACCUAAGAAGGAAGGCAAAAUGAGGAUUAGAGCCUUCCCAAUGACUAUGGAUGAAAAAUAUGUAGAAAGUAUAUGGGCUUUAUUAAAAAAUGCCAUUCAAGAAAUUCAAAAGAAAAAUAACUCAGGUUUAAGUUUUGAAGAGCUUUAUCGUAAUGCAUACACCAUGGUUUUGCACAAACAUGGCGAGCGCUUAUAUACAGGUUUAAAAGAAGUUGUUACCCAUCAUCUAGAACUCAAGGUUAGAGAAGAUGUUUUAAAAUCUUUACACAAUAACUUUUUAAUGACUUUAAAUCAAGCUUGGAAUGAUCAUCAAACCUCAAUGGUCAUGAUUAGAGAUAUACUUAUGUAUAUGGACAGGGUGUAUGUACAACAAAACGAUGUUGAUAAUGUAUAUAAUCUUGGACUGAUCAUAUUCAGGGAUCAGGUGGUACGCUAUGGUUGUAUCAGGGAUCAUCUUAGGGAAACAUUACUUGAUAUGGUAAUGCGAGAGCGUAGAGGAGAAAAAGUCGAUAGAAUUUCAAUUAAAAAUGCAUGUCAAAUGUUAAUGGUCCUUGGUAUCAACUCCCGUUCUGUGUAUGAGGAGGACUUUGAGAGGCCUUUCUUACAGCAAUCGGCAGAAUUUUACAAGGUGGAAAGUCAAAGGUUUUUGGCAGAAAACAGUGCGUCUGUGUACAUAAAGAAAGUAGAAGCCCGUAUUAAUGAAGAAUCAGAUCGUGCCAAGCAUUAUUUGGACGAGUCAACAGAAUCUCGAAUUGUAGAAGUUGUAGAAGAAGAAUUAAUUAAGAAACAUAUGAAGACAAUUGUCGAGAUGGAAAAUUCGGGAGUGGUGCACAUGUUGAAACACCAGAAGACGGACGACCUGGCGUGUAUGUACAAAUUAUUCGGCCGAGUCACUGACGGUCUCAAAACCAUGGCGGAUUGCGUCAGCCUGUAUCUCCGCGAGCAAGGCAAAGCCCUGGUGCAAGAAGAGGAGCACCAACCCGCCACUAACGCUAUUACGUUCGUGCAGUCGCUGCUUGACCUAAAGGAUGGCUUCGAUCAUUUCCUCAAAAAUUCGUUCAAUAACGAUAAAAUCUUCAAGCAAAUGAUUGCUUCGGAUUUCGAACACUUUUUAAAUUUGAAUCCCAAAUCGCCCGAGUAUCUCUCGCUGUUUAUCGACGACAAGCUUAAAAAGGGCGUCAAAGGGAUGUCUGAACAAGAUAUAGAAUUAGUUUUGGAUAAAUCAAUGGUCCUGUUUAGGUUUCUUCAAGAAAAGGACGUGUUUGAGAGGUAUUAUAAGCAACAUCUUGCCAAACGAUUGUUGCUCAAUAAGUCUGUGAGUGACGAUUGGGAAAAAAAUAUGAUCUCAAAAUUAAAGACCGAAUGUGGUUGUCAGUUUACAUCCAAAUUAGAGGGCAUGUUUAAAGAUAUGACUGUAUCAAAUACAAUUAUGGAUGAAUUUAAGGAACACAUCACAAAAUCAGAGACCAAUUUAGGUGGUGUAGAUUUAUUUAUGCGAGUUUUAACUACUGGCUUUUGGCCAACUCAAAGUGCAACUCCUAAAUGUCACAUACCAGCUGUACCACUUGCUGCCUUUGAAUGUUUCAGAAGAUUUUAUUUGGCCAAGCACAGCGGCCGUCAAUUAACGCUGCAACCGCAACUUGGCAACGCCGAUUUGAAUGCCGUGUUCUAUGGUCCCAAGAAGGACGACAGCGACAAAGACGGUGCAUGCUCUUCAUCCACGACUGUCGUUUCUAGCAGGACUGGGCCUCGCAAACACAUCAUUCAAGUGUCUACGUAUCAAAUGGUAGUAUUGAUGCUCUUCAAUAAUCACGAUAAACUUUCAUAUGAAGAGAUACUCAACGAGUCUGAUAUACCUGAAAGGGAUCUUAUUAGGGCUUUGCAAUCUUUAGCAAUGGGUAAAGCUACUCAAAGGAUUCUGAUUAAAAAUCCUAAAACGAAAGAGAUCGAAUCGAAUCACGAAUUUUAUGUGAACGAUUCUUUUACAUCCAAGUUACACCGAGUUAAGAUACAAACCGUAGCUGCCAAGGGAGAGAAUGAACCUGAAAGAAGGGAAACUAGAAAUAAGGUCGACGAAGACAGAAAACACGAGAUCGAGGCAGCUAUCGUGAGGAUAAUGAAAUCGAGGAAGCGGAUGGCGCACAACAUUCUCGUCACAGAAGUAACGGAACAACUAAAAAGCCGCUUCCUACCCUCUCCAGUAAUCAUAAAAAAGAGGAUAGAGGGCUUAAUCGAACGGGAGUACCUGGCGCGAACCCCAGAAGACCGAAAAGUGUACACGUACGUGGCAUGAACUUUAAAAAGGAUCAUUAUGAGACUUUGGAUAUAGUGGUCCAGUGAUCUACAAUAGCUGAAUAUUUACAUAAACGUAAUUAAUCUUAAUUAAAUUAUUCCAGCAGUUAAUUUUCUUUUAUAGACUGGUUACGAUUUUAAAAUAAAUCUUCAUAUGGAAUAUGUCCGUAUUUUGCCGAAAAUUCGGCAACAUCCUGCAAUUGGACUUGGGCCCUUCAUUAAGCUACUUAGUCCUCGACGUUGCUUUGAUUCGAUUUUGUGCAUUCUCAAUUUAAACCUUCUUAAUGCCAAGAGCAAUUAUUUCUUCGAGAGUAGAAGUUCAAUUAUUUUUUUUUUAAUUCUUUAUAUUGUAAUAACUAUUAAAAAUCAAUUUUGUCGCGGUAAAAAAUUAUCAGUCCCAAUUUACAACGAAAUAGCAAAGUUAGAAAGUUAAUUAAUUUCGUGCAUAUUUUUAAUAUUCAGAAAUAAAAGCGGUUAAACUAAACAGUGUAUCGGAAAAGUGAAAAUUGCUCUCAAAUGGAUUGAAACGUUCGUUUACGCAUGUUGCCAACUUUUCUGCAAAAAUAUCGACUGACAUUCGAUUUUUCAAAAUGAAACCAGUCUACUUUCCUUAUUUUUCGUUUGUCCGAUUGAUGAUUUUGAAGUUUCUAUUUCCGAUUGUUACUAGAAGAGAUCUACUACAUUAUUAUAUUAUAUACAUUAUGCGUUCAGGAUAUAUAUAUAUAUAAAACGAAAUGAUAACUUCCGGACCACACGACGCAAUAUGAUACGACAACGGGGACUUUUUUAUUAAAAUAAUGUGAUAGAAUGUAAUUGACAGAAGA